AUGCAGCAAUCUGAAAUGGUCAUGAACCCCAAACAAGUCUUCCUGUCUGUGCUGAUAUUUGGAGUUGCAGGACUGCUCCUCUUCAUGUACUUGCAAGUUUGGAUUGAAGAACAACAUACAGGGGGAGCAAAGAAGAAAAGAGAACAAAAGGCAACUUCAGAAUGGGGGCCAGUAAAUUCUUUGCAGCCUGAACCCAUAAUCAUGACCAGAACAAAAAGCCAGGAACAGAUCAAUAACCAGAAUGUCAAGUUCCACAUGCCUGAAGAUCCAAAGGGGAAAAAAGAAAGUUUGUUAGUUAAGCCUCAGAGGCCUACCGGAGUCUUAAUGGAAAUCAGCCAUUCACACGGAGAAGAUGAAGCUUCAGAUAAAACUACAAGGUCCUCAACAAAUAAGUUGAUUGAAAAACAUCAAGGAACUAAGACUCUUUCCAGAAAGUUCAACAAUAUGAAUUGGCCAUUGGAAAUUAGCCCCUUAAAUAAAAGUGUAUUGAAAGACAGCAAGUGGAAGAACAUUGAUGUAACCCAAGAGAAACGCAGAUCUCUUCUUCAAGAGUUUUGCAAGAAAUACAGUGGAGUGAAUCGUGCCCAGUCACAUCUGUUCCAUGUGGUAUCCAGAAUCUAUGUGGAAGAUAAACACAAGAUCUUAUAUUGUGAAGUACCGAAGGCUGGCUGUUCCAACUGGAAAAGAAUUCUGAUGGUCCUAAACGGAUUGGCCUCCUCUACGUACAACAUUUCCCAUGAUGCUGUCCACUACGGGAAGUACUUGAAAAAAUUAGACAGCUUUGACUUAAAAGGGAUAUAUACUCGCUUAAACACUUACACCAAAGCUGUGUUUGUUCGUGAUCCCAUGGAAAGAUUAGUGUCAGCAUUUAGGGACAAAUUUGAACACCCCAAUAGUUAUUACCAUCCUGUAUUUGGGAAGGCAAUUAUAAAGAAAUACCGGCCAAACGCCUGUGAGGAAGCAUUAAACAAUGGCUCUGGUGUCAAAUUCAAAGAGUUCAUCCGCUAUUUACUGGAUUCUCAUCGACCAGUUGGUAUGGACAUUCACUGGGAGAAGGUCAGCAAACUCUGCUAUCCAUGUUUGAUCAAUUAUGAUUUCGUAGGAAAAUUUGAAACUUUGGAAGAUGAUGCCAAUUACUUUUUACAGCUAAUUGGAGCUCCAAAGGAGCUGAAGUUUCCAAACUUUAAGGAUAGGCACUCCUCUGAUGAACGAACCAAUGUUCAAGUGGUGAAACAAUAUUUAAAAGACCUCACCAGGACCGAGAGGCAAUUGAUCUAUGAUUUUUAUUACUUGGACUAUUUGAUGUUUAAUUAUACAAUGCCAAUUUUGUAG